AUGGAAAGAAUUCAAAAUCUUUCUGCAGUUCAUAAGUUGUCUAUAAUUGCAAUUCUUGAGCCUUUUACAGACAACUCACAACUCAACAUUUGUAGAAUGCAUCUCAAGAUGAAUGAGGCUACUCGUAAUCCCAAUGGAAAGAUUUGGAUUUUUUGGACUCAAGAUGUCAGCUGUAAAGUCUUGGAAUCUGAUGACCAACAGAUUACAUAUGAAUUCAAACAUGUGGAACAUCCUUCUACCUUUCUUAUGACCUUUAUUUAUGCCAAAUGUAGAGAUCAUUUAAGAAGGCCUUUGUGGGAUAGGUUACUGCAGGUUGCUACUACUGAGCUUCCUUGGUGUACAGUGGGUGAUUUUAAUGUGAUUACUGAUCUGGAUGAGAAGCUAGGGGGCAUCCCUUACAACAUGAAAAAAAGUUUUGAUUUUAUUGGGGUUAUAGAGUCUUGUGGUCUUCUGGAUAUUGGUUUUCAUGGACAGAAGUAUACUUGGUGUAAUCAAAGAUCUAUCACUGAUAGAAUUUGGAAAAGACUUGACAGAGCUAUGGUUAAUGAUAAGUGGUUAGAGUGCAUGCCGUUCACUUCUAAUACUCAUCUAUCUUCUGUGGGAUCUGAUUACACACCGUUACUUAUAGAAAUGAAAGUCAGACAAGAGAACAUCACCAGAUACUUCAAAUUCUUAAAUUGUUGGGUUGAAAAUAGUUCGUUUCUUGAGACUGUUAGUAACUGCUGGAACAGGGAGUGUGAUGGAAAUCCUAUGUGGAGAUUCCAUAUGAAAAUGAAGAGACUUUUUUCAACCCUUAGCACGUGGUCUAAAGCUGAAUAUGGUGAUAUUUUUGCCACGGUUAAAGAGUAUGAAGAAAAAAUCAGAAGUGCAGAAGAGGAGCUAAUUAUCAACAACACUGACGAAAACAGAGCUACAUGAAGCUUGAAGAGUCAAUUCUUAAGCAAAAAACUCAACUUCAAUGGUUCAAAGAAGGUGAUGCAAACUCUAGAUACUUUCAUGCUCUUAUGAGAGGUAGAAGGAGGAGAUUAUUUAUUCAUAAAAUUUGCAACGAUCAAGGUGAAUUUCUGGAAGGAGAUGAGGUUAUAGCCACUGCUGCAUGCGAACAUUUCCAGAAAAUUUUUAUAGGGGAAGAGAAACUGAUUAAUGAAGAUGCCCUCAAUUGUAUACCAAGAAUGGUUACUGAAGAACAAAAUCUGAUCUUGCAAGCUAUGCCUACAAUGGAGGAACUCAAGCAUGUGGUUUUAUCUAUGAGUCCUAAUUCAGCAGCAGGGCCAGACGGUAUGAAUGGAAAAUUUUUCCAAGCUUGCUGGGAUAUCAUUUGCACUGAUCUUCUUGACAUAGUCCAAUAUUUUUGUUGUGGUCAUAGCAUGCCCAAAUAUUUUUCUCAUGCUUGUUUGGUCCUACUCCCAAAAGUGGAUCAUCCUAAUAAGCGAUCUGAAUUUAGACCCAUCAGUCAUAGCAACUUUACGAACAAGAUUAUUUCUAAGCUUAUUUGUAUCAGACGUGCUCCCAUUCUUCCUCAUCUCAUUUCAGACAAUCAGUCAGGGUUGGGUUUGUAAAAGGGAGAAGUAUUGCAGAGAACAUCAUGUUAGCACAAGAGAUUAUUCACAACAUCAAGAAGCCUAAUGAGGGGGAUAGUGUUGUUAUUAAGCUUGAUAUGGCUAAGGCCUACGAUAGAGUUUCCUGGUCCUUCAUUUGUCUAGUUCUGAUGAGAAUGGGAUUCGGUGAAGUGAUUAUCGACAUGAUUUGGCGGAUUAUGGCCAACAACUGGUAUUCGGUGACUGUUAAUGGUUCGAGAUACGGGUUUUUUCAUUCUUCUAGAGGACUCAAACAAGGUGAUCCGCUUUCCCCGGCUCUAUUCAUUUUAGGAGCUGAAGUUUUGUCUAGAAUGAUGAAUAAUCUGCAAAAUCAUCAUCUUUAUGAUGGUUUUCACAUGGAACAGAAGGGACCUCAGAUUAACCACCUGAGUUUUGCGGAUGACGUGAUCAUUUUUUUCUCUGUUAAAGAUACUACUUUGCAGCUCAUCAUGGGGGUCUUAAAUGAUUAUGAAAUAGUUUCCGAUCAGCUUAUCAACAAAGGUAAGAGCCACUUUAUGAUCCCUGACAAGACACCUCAGGAUACCAUUGAUUUGAUCAAGGCAAUCACUGAAUUUUCUCAGAAAGACAGUCCCAUCACUUAUCUGGGAUGUCUGCUUUAUAUUGGUAGUCGGAGGGUCAUUUAUUUCUCUGAAAUGGUGGCUAAAGUUGUGGCGAAAAUCAGAGGUUGGAAAGCUAGAAUUUUGAGUUUUGGAGGAAGAGCUACAUUGAUUAAGUUCGUUCUGCAGUCUCUCCCUAUUCACAUACUCUCUGCUAUCUCUCUGACUAAGACUACGCUCAAAUAGAUAAAAGCUCUCACGGCUGAUUUCUUUUGGGGUUGGGAUAAAGAGAAGAAAAAAUACCAUUGGGCAUCAUGGGAAACUCUUAGUUAUCCAUAUGAUGAAGGAGGUAUUGGUGUGAGAUUACUAUCUGAUGUGUGCCUCUCCUUGCAAUAUAAACAGUGGUGGAUUUUUAGAACCAAGAACACUCUUUGGGGUCAUUUUUUAAAGGCAAAGUAUUGUCAAAGAGCUAACCCGGUUAUCAAAAAACGGGAUACAGGUCAGUCCUUGGUCUGGAAGCACAUGAUGACAAACAAGGUUGAAGCUGAGACGCAUAUCAAAUGGAUUAUUCGCUCAGGAACUUGCAGUUUUUGGUGGGAUGAUUGGUUAGGAGUUGGUCCACUGGCUAAUCACAGAAUUACAGAUACAAGACCCAACAACAUUAGGAUUUCGGAAUUCUUAAUUGAUGGAAAUUGGAAUAAAGACAUGGUGAGACAAACUGCUCCUCCUCCUUUGCUGAUUUCUAAGAUCCUCAACACUAACUUUCAGUUUCAACAAGGGAUUCCGGAUCGACCGGUGUGGAAACCAAAUGCUAGUGGACAUUUUACCUGCUCUUCUGCUUGGGAUGUGGUUAGGCAAAAAAAGAACAAAGCUAUGUCUGAUUCUUUUACGUGGCAUAAGCAUAUACCUUUCAAAAUUUCUUUUCUUCUUUGGAGAGCUCUUAGAGGUAAGCUUCCGACUAACGAAAGGAUCACUACUUUUGGUUCGGAACCUGUGGAUUAUUCUCGUUGUUACAGACCUGGACCUGAUACCAUUGAUCACAUCUUUAUGUCUGGGAACUUUGCUAAACAUAUCUGGAAAAUUUUUUCUGAUUCUGUGACAUUCAGCAUAGCUCCAUUCCCUUGAAAAACUUUCUGAUGAGGUGGUGGUUUUCGGAGUAUAAAAUUGAGGUCCACAAGCUUAUUAUGCAGGCUACACCCAUAAUUAUUUGUUGGAACCUAUGGAAGAAUAGAUGUGCUAAGAAGUAUGGCGACAAGCGGUCCAACACUUCUAGAGUUAUUUAUUCCAUUUCCAAGGACAUAACUCAUCUCCUAAUUACUGCCUUUCCUCAAAUCAAAUGGCCGCUUAGAUGGACUGAUUUGAUGUCCAUGGUUGAACAUUGCAAGCAUGAGAUCAAGGUUACUAAAGUUUGUUGGACUAAGCCUUCGGCUCCAUGGGUUAAGCUUAAUACGGAUGGAAGUGCUCUAGAAAACCCGGGUAACAUUGGUGCAGGUGGGGUUCUUAGAGAUCACCGAGGCAAUUUCAUCUAUGCUUUUGCCAUUCCUUUGGGGAUUGGUACAAAUAAUCAAGCUGAAGUUCGGGCAGCUAUUUGUGGUCUUACUUGGUGCAUUCAGAAUGGGUACAACAGGAUUAUUCUUGAAGUAGAUUCUGAACUCCUUACCAAAUGGCUGCUCCACAACAUCAAUCCUCCAUGGAGCGUCCAAGAAGACAUUGCUGCUCUUCAGAACUUAAGUAACAUAUUAGAGAGUUUUUGUUGCAGACAUGUCUACAGGGAAGCUAAUUAUGUUGCGAAUAUCUUAUCUAAGCAUAGCCACAUUUUGGAUAACAUUCAUCAGUUUUUAGAUCAUCAUCACUUACCUGAAGAAGCAAGGGGAUAUUUCAGAAUGGACAAGCUGGGGAUGCCUCAUUUCAGAAGAAGAAAGUUGAACCGAAUAAAGAAACCACCCUAGAUGGAGUUAUUUUUCUGGAGUUGCCUCAUGUCGCAAGGCCAAAGGCGAGCUGUUGGGGGUGCUGUGCCCACCCAAAGCAAGGCUGAUGCAGUGAAUGGUCUCCCUAGAGGGUGCAGCACACAACGCAUAGCCAGGUUUGGGGGGUGCGGCGCAAGUGUACUUAGAUGGAUCACCUCCAGCAUACCAUCUUGAUCGAGGAUUUGGACAUGGAGUUAAAAGUGGGAUCAUUCUACUCUCAGUAUUGUGAUGGUGGAGCUUUCACCGGAGAUAUCAAAAGUGUUGAUCCCGCUACCAAUCUUCAUUUUAGAGGUGCAAGGAUAUUUGAUGCAGUAAUUGAGGUUCUAUUAGCAAAGGAAUUAUCGAAUGCAAAGAACAUAUGCCAUUCUUUUUGGUGGUUCUGCUAAUGGAUAUCCAGCAAUGCUAUACUGUGAUCACUUUCACAAUUUAUUACCUAAAGCUCAGAGUGAAAUGCUUGGUUGAUGUUGGUUAUUUUAUCCAUGUGGAUCUACAUAAGUGUUACCAAAAUCAUGCAUUUCAAGAAUGAUACCAGAAUUGUGUUUCUUCCCAGAAAACAUACAACAAGAUAUCAAGACGCCAUUUUUUUACUAUGAUGUCAACCUUUGAUGGCUAUCAGGUUAACAAUAUUAUAGGCUCUAAUAUCGGCCAAUACAUUCAAGCCAGAAAUUGCACUGAAAGUCAAAACAAAUCCUUCAAAGGUUUGCAUAAUUUCAAGUAGCUAUAUUCUACUUUUUUAACACUACCUAGAUGAUUAACCCUCUCUUCGCAUGGUGAUGAAUGAUCUCAUUAGUCUUACAUACAAUCAUUCACUAAUAUCUAUAUCACUAAUAUCCAUAUAUCUUUUAGAUAUUAUAUGCCAAUGCAACUUAUUUUUCUGCACUCUUCAGAGACUACUCCUAUUAAUUACAAUAGUGCCAUAACCCAAAUGGCCGUGACAUCCAAACUAGCCCUCUUGUGGAAGAACUAUCUAACCCAAACUCAGAGGUGGAUCAAGCAAAUUCGUGGCCUAAGGACGGAGGCCUUAGAUUUUUAAGAAAAAUUAAUUAUUUUUAUAAAGUCUACUUUAAUAUUAUAUAAUCGAUUUCUUCUAAUAAUACUUUUUAAAUUUAUAAUAUAUCUUGAGACAUAACACUCAGAACUAGAUAUAUCAAACUUCUUCUAAUUUUUUUCAUAUAAAAAAUCUAUUUUUCAUAAAAUAAUAAUUAAUAUUCUUUUUAAAAUCUGUAAUCUAUUAUUACUUUUAAAAAAUGAGGCCCCUCAAAUUUGAGGGCCUUAGAUGACCGCCUUUUUUUCGAAAUGGUAGAGCUGCCCUUGCCCAAACCUUAAAUCCACCUAAUUAAUUAAUUAAUUAAUAUGAAAUAAAAAGAAAUCUCAAAAGCUAAUUAAUAAUUAGUAAAUGAGGAAUUACUGUAUGUUACAUCCCCAAGAUUCAAAAGUCACCGUACAAAGACACUAAUCCAAAACAAGUGUCUAAGCAUAAUACAAAAAUAACAAAAAGAACAAAGUCAUUUUCUGGAAAAAAUACAAUAAGAACUAUAAAGAUUCAUGACAACUUGAAAUGCAAGUAGCUUACCCUCGAAUCGAAUCAGCUGGUACCACUAGAGAUGAGGUCACAUCUAAGUUUCUGAAACAUAGUCUAUACUUAAUAAAAAAAUUGCACAUGGUAUUAUCAGUACAAACUUAUCACGAUUUGAAACUGGCCCAUAGUCGCAACACGGUGCUCAAAUUCACAAUUGACCUCAAGCUAACCAUUGGCCUAUCAAAACACUAAGAAUAUUGAAACAAAUAAUGAAAUAUCGAUUGGAAAAUAAACUGAAAUGCGAGAAGUAUAAUAAAAUCAAAAUAAAAGAAAAAUCAAUACUGGAUGUCAAAACUAAGACUACCUGACAUAAUUAAUAUGCUAAAAAUAUAACUAUUUGUCUGAAAGCCUUUAAAUCGUAUGAGUUAUUAGGACAAGCCCUCAACUAACUCCAAUGAUAAGAAAUUAGAAUAUUACUAAAAAGAAAUGUUGAUAAUUGACCCUCCAAUGAUGAGGACUCACCAAAACCUACUGUGAUAUGGUGCAAAAUCGUAAGAAGCACGAUUUGGAUGUUGAACGUUAGAACCUAUAUUAUAAGACAAUAUAGACCAAAAAAAUAUGCAAUCAGUAAUUUAAAUGUAAUGAGUAGAUGAGAUGGAAAAUAACUGAUAUAGGUCAAACAUGAUGCAUAUGACAUGGUAAACUGAUGCAAGACGAAGCAAGUAAUAAACAUAUAAUGUAUGAUAAGUUGAUUAAUUGAAUACAAGGUUAUGCAAGUAUCUAAAUCUUAACUAUGAACUAUGGACUGUGGGAGCUACCAUUAACCAACAUACCACAAUUUGAGCAAACCAGGGUCUGACCUGUAACUCCAGUUGGAUAGGUAUUUAGUACCUUGUCAAGGGUAGGAACACUAACUGAAUUAGAUCCACUAAACGGAUGUCUAAAAGGUACUAAGGUGUCAAGUCUAGUCUGAUGGGUGACCUUUUAGAACCUACGGUGGUGCCGUAGUUCCAGGACAAAGGGAUUUCUACUAAAGGUCUCAUCCUAACUGAUGGGUGAGCCUUUAUCCCUGCAUCUGCUUGGAACUAAGUACCACUCCAUGAUGAAUGACACUAAUAACUAAAAAAUGCUCAACAAUAGUAAUUUUUUGAAAACUAAAAAUAAAUGCACAGUCUGAAAAUAUUAAAUAACAUGUAAGCUAGAGGAUAUAAAACUAAUAUAUGUAUACAUAAAAUCCUAGGUAUCAGGUAUUCAUAAGCCACAAUCUCUGAAGAAUACAACUAAUCAUGGCAAUGCUACAAUCUGAACAAAAUAAGAAAUUUCAUAACUUAAGCCCAAAUUAAAGAAUUUAUCACUAUAAUGAGAUUUCAUAGUCAUGAGUAUGAUAAGAUGCUCAAAUUUAUGGGAAUAUAUAUAUUCAUUGUUUAAUCAAAGCACAAAAAUUGAAAACUAAGGGAAUCCUCACUAUACUUGAAAACCUUAAGCUUGAAGGGUGAAUUAGACUCGGGGGAUUGAGUUAAAUUUGGGACUCCAUGGGAUAAAAGAAACCCAUUUAUGAAAUUCCACAUACCCGAGGUUGAAAACCUUGAUGGCAUCUUGGGAUUUGAAGACAAAAGUUCAAGACCCCUAAUUCUUGCUUGAAGGAGAAAAAUCACCUCUUCUCUCUAAAUUUUCCAAGUGUUUAAUGAAUUUUAAGGAAUGGUGGACUUAGGGUGUUUUAAAAUUAUUAUUCAACACUUGGGAAGAAUAAACGACAUAUUUUUUAUGUUAAAGAGUAGGAAAAGAACAAAUAACCCCUUCAAAAUCAUCUAGAAAACUUCUGCAAGCAGUCUCGAUGACUCACGUAAUGACUCAUAGGAUCAGGCUAUGAGUCAUAGCCAAAGGAAUCAAAUUUUGAUCCCAUCUAUUUUCAAUACAAGUCACUCUAUGACUCGUAGUUUCUCGCGACUACUCGUAGGGUCAGACGAUGAAUCGUAGUCUGAGUUGUCGUUACUGACAACUUUGACAAUACUUUAGUGAAUUGGCCAUAAUAUUUUACUCCAAUAUCCUAUUUAGGUAAAACUAGAUGUGUUGGAAAUAUGGUCUUAAGCUUCAAAAAUCUUAGCAAUCUAUAAGUUAUGCUCAUUUUAAGUUGACUAUAGCAAGAUUCUUCUUAAGAAGUUAAUUGGUAAAGGAUAUUUUGACUUGUCUAUAAGCUAGGAGUUUUUUGUGACCUUAAUAUAUCUCUAAAUUACUAAUAAAACUAAUAACGAUGAUGUUUGAUUUUAUAUGUACUUGAAUCAAGGUUCUAAUAUUGGCUUGAAUUUUUGGGGUGUUACAAUGUCUCUCCCUUAGGGUCAUUCAUCCCCGAAUGAAAACUAAACUUAAGUGUUAGGAGAAAGAGUUGUAAUUCCCAUACUGAAUUCCUACGACCAAAAUAAUGAAUUGAUAACUGAUUCUAUGACUGAAAUAUGGACUGAACAUACUCAUUAAUGUAUGUUAUGACAUUAAAUUAGCAUAGUGGCCUGAUACAAAAAUAGUUAAUUAAGGAGAAAUUAUUACCUCCAGCUGAGACUGAGUUCAAAGAGAAAAUACGGGGGUACUAGGUCAUCAUAUCUGCCUCUGUUUCCCAAGUAGUUCCUUGAGUUGACUGAUUUCUCUCCCAAACAUUUACCAAAGAGACCUCUUUAUUUGUCAACUUACAAACCUAACGAUCAAGGAUCUCAACUGGGACCUCUUCGUAAGAGACACUAUCUUUCACACCCAUACUCUCUAAAGGAACAAUCAAUGUUUGAUCACUAAUGCAUUUCCUUAACAAUGAAACAUGUAAGAAUGAGUGCUCUAAUGCUAAAUCUGAAGGCAAUUCGAACUCAUAAGCUACAUUUCUAUAGUGACCCAAAUCUUAUAAGGACCAACAUAGCGGGGACUAAGCCUUCCCUUCUUACCAAAUCUCAUUACCCCUUUCAUGGGAGAAACAUUUAAGUUAGACAAAAUCAAUAAUAGUAAACUCAAGCUCCCUUCUCCUCACAUCUGUAUAGGAUUUUUGAUGACUCUAAGAAGUUUUUAGCCUUUCCCUAAUCAGCUGAACCUUUUCCAUAGCCUCAUGUACUAAAUUUGGCCCUAUAAAUGUAGGUUCAUAAACCUCAAACCAACCAAUAACAGAUCUACACCCUCUACUAUAAAGUGCUUUAAAUGGGGCUAUCUGAAUAUUAGAGUAGUUUCUAUUAUUAUAAGUAAACUCAAUCAAUGGAAAAUGAUCAUCCCAACUACCCCUGAAAACACACACACUCUCAACAUAUCCUCUAAGAUCUGAAUGGUCCUUUCUGCCUGACCAUCUAUCUAUGGGUGAAAAGCGGUAUUAAGAUUAACUUGGGUACCAAGACACUUCUGAAACAUCUUCCACAAGCAAAAAAUAAACUGGGCACCUUUAUUGAAAAUAAUAAUCAAAGGGACUCCAUAAAAUUUCACUAGCUCCCUCAAAUGGAGUUUAACAUCAUCUUCAGCUCAAUUUGAAGCGUUAAUUGGAAAGAAAUGGGCCUACUUAUUCAUUCAGUCCAUGAUAACCCAAAUAGAAUCAUGCUACCGAUGAGAACGAGGCAACCCUGUAAUGAAGUCUAUAUUUACCACUCACCACUUCCAAGUAGAAAUAUACUGAAGGAUACCACCCGGUCUCUAGUGCUUAACCUUAACUUUCUGGUGAUUUGGACACUUAGCUACAAAUUUCAUGAUAUCCCUUUUCAUACCGUUCAGCCAAUAGACUUUCUGUAAAUUACGGUACAUGUUAGUGGCUCUUGGGUUAGUAAAAUACAGAGAACUAUGAGCUUCGGCUAGUAUUUACCAUCUCAAGUCAUCUAUAUCAGAAACAUAUAGCUUGUCUUGACAAUGAAGGACACUAUCUCCCCUUGGGAGAAAACCUCAACCAUCUGACUCUGGGCUGAUUCUUUUAAACUAAGAAAAAUAAGAUCAUUAUCUUGCUUUUACUUCACCUCAACUAUCAAUGAAGAUUUCAAACCAUUUUGAACAAAUAUAUUACCUUUGAUUGAAUCAACCAACCGAACUCUCAAUCUAGCAAGCUGGUGAACCUCACAAACUAACUUUUUCUUCUCAUCCUCAAUCAGAGCAACACUUCCCAUACAUAAUCUACUAAGAGCGUCAGUCGCAACAUUAGAUUUAUCCAGAUAGUACAAGACACGCACAUCACAAUACAUUAAAAACUCUAGUCAGCUUCUCUAACAAAGAUUUAUAUUUUUAUAGCUGAACACAUAGUGAAGAGUUUUGUGAUCACUGAACACUUAAUCAUGAUGUUUGAUUUGUCUAGAGGUAUAUGCUAUAAUAUUUCUUCAAUGCAUUAACAAAAAACAAGGUCAAACUCUUGAAGCAUCAUAAUAGACCAUAAACCCAUCAAAACUCCCUGGUAGAGUCAAAAUUGGAGUAGUGUUGAGUCGAGUCUUCAACUCUUGAACACUCUUCUCAAAGAAAUUAAACCAUUACAAUUUGACUUUCUUCUGAGUCAGUUCAGACAUGGGAGAAGCAAUAGAGGAAAAUCCUUCCAGAAAUUGUCUAUAGUAAUUGGCUAAACCCAAAAAACUCCUGGAAUCUGAUUAAGAGAUGAGUCUAGGCUAGUUCCUCAGUACUUAGAUCUUUCAAGGAUCAACUCGAAUUCUUUCACCAAAAAUGAUAUGACUAAGGAAUUCUACUUAUUUUAACUAGAAUUCAUAUUUGGUGAACUUAGCGAAUUAGUUGUGAUCUUUGAGGGUUAGGAAGACAGUUCUUAAAUGGUUGCAUGUUAAUCCUUACUAUGAAAAUAAAUGAUGAUGUCAUCUAUGAAUACUAUAAUGAACAUAUCCAAGUACUGCUUGAGCACCUUUUUCAUCAAGUCCAUAAAGUUUAAAGUAGCAUUCAUUAUU